CUCCCCCGCCUCCCUCCUCCUCAGCUCCCACCCUUUCCUGCUGGCCUCACAGCAGAGGAUGUGUCUGGGGUGAGAGAGUGUGUGUGUGUGUGUGUGAGUGAGGAAAAAGAGGGAACGCCGUCACUAGAAUGGAUUUGUGCCCUCAAUCCUCCACCCUCCUUUCUCCUCCUUCACCCUCUUCUGCCAGUGUCGCACCCCGGGCACGUCCAGUGCCCUCUGCACCUCAGGGAAAGGGAGACUCGUCCUGGUGGAUGGGCAGCUGAGAAGUGAACUUCAAUGUCAGCAGGAGAUCAGAAGAAUGGUGGUGACAAACCGAGAGACACGGUGCCGGUCUUUGAGGUGUGGCCAGAGGUGGAGCGGGCCGAGUGUUUGGCCCGCGGUGCAGCACUGAAAUGGGCGUCGGGCGUUUUCUGUCGGCCCGAACAUCUGGAGCGACUGAGCCAGUACAGGAAGAGAGAGAGUCAGAGAACAGCUUCCAUACACACCAGGCUUAAGUCCAUGGUCCAGUCCUACCUGGAGGGUGUGGGCUGGGGUCUGGAGCAGCUGCAGGAGGCCAGAGUGGAGCUGAAGGAGGUGUCGCACGCCUUAAAGAAAACAGGCCUGGAGUCUGUUGAGAACGCAGGAGGUGUGAAGUCCCUGGAGAGGCUGAGGGAGGUUUCAGUCAACCACCGCCAGCUCCUAGCUGCUGUCAGCAACUUACCUCGGCUUUACUCUGUCCGCAGCAUGGUACUGGAGACGGAGCGUCUGGUGGAGUCCCGGCGACUCCUCGAAGCCCAUGCCCGGCUGAUGGAUCUGGAGCAGUGGCAGGACGACAUUCUUUGGCAGCUCCACAGCAGCUCCGCUGGGUCGACUGGAAGUGAACUGAGCAACGAAGACAAAGAGCUCGUGGCCAAAUAUUUUUCUGGGGUCGGGCAGCUAGUGGACGCCCUGGGUAAGGAGCUGUGGGCGGUAGUGAGCAGCGCCCUGGCUCUGGCCCGACAGAACCCGACACCGUUUGUGUCGGCUGUGAGGAUCGUGGAGCGGGAGGAAGCUCUGGACCAGGCUCUGCUGGAGGACAGAAGCACAAAUGGGAUCAACGGCCGACCUCUGCCCCCUGGACGACCUCGCUGUUGGAGAGUUUGCUUCUUCCAGGUACUGGAGGAAGCGGUGUCUGCCAGGUUCCGUAGCGUCUCGUACCUGCACACACGUGGUCCAGGUCUGGCAGGACACCUCUCUGCUUUACAACACGCUACCAUGACAGACCUGGAAACAGGGCGCCACGAGCACUGUGUGCCGCCACACUAUCGUCUGACUGGAGCCUAUCUGAGGGCCAGUCAUCAGUGUUUACACGCCCACCUGGCGCAGGUCAGCAGCUGGGACCUGGAGAGUGGAGAAAUCUUUGCCGUGCUCAACUGGGUGCUGCACAUCUACAACAGUGCAGACAUGAUGGGUCAACCAGAGCUGGUUGCUGAGCUGGAGAAAGAAGAGCUGGGACCUCUCAUCUCCACCGAGGGCCUGGAGAAGCUGCAGGGGAAAUAUGUGCAGAGUGUACGGAAGAGUGUGUCUGAGUGGAUGCACAAAGCCCUACAGGUGGAGCUGCAGGACUGGCAGAGAGACCAGGAACCAGACACAGACCAUGAAGGCUUCUACCACACCUGUCUGCCGACCAUCAUCACACAGAUGCUGGAGGAGAACGCUCACGUGGCUCUGAUGAUCGGCCAAUCCUUACGAGACCAGACCAUUCAGAUGGGAUUGUAUGAGAUAGAGAACCUGCGGUUUAGGGAAGCUCUGGUGGAGUUUGGCAAAGAGCAUCGCCGGGAUCCGAGCAACAGCAAAAGCAAGUUCUACCUCCACUAUUUGCUGGCCUCCAUCUGUAACUGCAUCAUCCUCAAGAAGUCCACAGAGAGCCUGCAGCAGCAGCAGUCGUCCCGCUCUGCAGGACAGUUCUCUCGGACCCCUCCCAACCCUCUGGCAGCCCUGGACCGGGCGGUGAGACGGGCGUGUCGUCUGGUGAUGGAUCAGCUCAUGUUGGAACUCAAGCCGCUCCUCCCGGGCCUGCUGACCCGGACCUGGCUGGUUCAGGGAGACCCCACGCCCAAACUCUGCCUCGUCCUGGAGCGGCAUCUGGAACUGUACGGCAGAGUCCGUCCGCCCUGUCAACAGCGUCUGCAGGAGGAGGCUCAGUGGAUGAUGGUGGUGGAGUACGUCAGAGCUCUGAUGCAGAAGAGGCUGGUGUGUCGCAGCGUGGACGACAGGAAGCAGCUCGGCCAGAUGAUGGUUCAGGAUGAGCAGCAGCUGAGAGAAGUCUUCAACAGCACGGAGUGUGAUGGGUCGGUACCUGAGGUGAACCCUUUAGCCUUACUUCCUGUUCUGGCCGACUUCAUCCAGCUCAAAGACCCAAACAUGCUGACCCUGGAAGUGUCUGGACUGGCUGCUAAAUACCCAGACAUCAGUGAGGAGCAUGUGUCCGUACUGAUGGACAUCCGUGGCGACGUCUCCAGAGACAUCAGAGGUUCCGUGCUGGACCUGCUGGAGCAGAGCGCCCCCCCUCUGCCGGCAGGGUACCGACCCAUCUUCACUGACAUCCUGGUGCCUCACGCCACCAUGGCGUUCUGUCUGCCCACCGCCAAGUGUGCGUGACCACAGGAACUCAACUGAACUCAGGCUGGACCUCGCCCCCUGGUGGAUCACCGUCACAGUACAUGAACUACUGGAAAACACACAAACAUAUACUGCACAUAUACAGUGUUCUGCUGCUGACGCGGUUUCUUUCACACACAGAGUACAGUGGUCCCUCGUCUAUCACGGGGGUUACGUUCCAGGACGUCACGCGAUAGGUGACAAACCGCGAAGUAGAGACGCGAUAGUUAUUAUAUUAGUCACGUAUAUAUAUUAACCCUUUACGAACCCUUAAGGAGGCAUCGUAGAGCGGGAAAUAUAACAAAAAAAAACAUACACAAAUCUCGAGUUAUUUCUUGCAAUACCCUGUAUGUUUGUGUUUCAAAAUGUCUUUAAAUUAAUUUUUUUUACAGUUUCUUUUUUUCAUUUUAGGCUAGAAAAUGCUUAUUUUAUCACAAAAAUAUUGCAAAUAUUGGAAAUCUAAAAUUUUUAUAGACUGCAAAAACCUGCGAAAAAUA